AGCGACACGACCCGUCGAAUUCUCCUGCACCCGCCUUCGAUUGCGCUAUCCACUUCACCUCUAAGCCCCAUAGAGUCGGUUCGAGUGCUCAGUCGCAGCCUGCCGGAGAGCCGGCGCUCUCUUGCCUUGCUUCAGCCGCCGAAUUGAAUUGUCCCUCCGCCGCGAUGAACCACCCGGUGGUCAAGCGGCUGUCCGCUGCCUUGAUGCGGCCUUUCUUGCAGCAGCAAAAUCCAUAUUCUUCUUCGAUGUUCAGAUCCUUCUCCUCAACAGCCCCUUCACGAAACGCCGAUACACCAAACCAAAAUGAACCUCCAACGGGCCGCUCAGCGCUGGGCAAACUAUCCGAAGACACAAAGGCCAACCCGCUUGAAUUGAAUACGGAGGACGUCACAGCGAAAAUUGCGGAGGCGCUGUCGAAUCCCUACGGCAUGAGCCUUCCUCAUCACCUCCACGUUUAUGCCCAUAAACACAACACACAUUUGACAUUAACAAGGCCCAACCGCGACCCAAUGAUGUCCAUAAGCUGCGGUACGAUUGGCUUCCGCAAGUCUCACCGCGGCGGCUACGAUCCGGCCCACCAGCUCUGCUCCUACAUGAUGGCAAAGAUUCAAGAACGGGGCUUUUUAAUGGACAUCAGGCAGUUGGAAGUUGUCCUCAGAGGGUUCGGACCGGGGCGCGAGGCAUUUACUAAAGUGCUGUUGGGCCCGGAGGGAAAGAAGAUACGGGAAAAAGUAGUACGGGUGACCGAUGCCACCAGGUUGAAAUUCGGCGGCACGAGAAGCCCAAGAGUGCGGAGAUUGGGUUGAUCAUGCUGGUUCCAUUUCACUGACCUCAUUUGCUGGAAUUGUCCUCUGCUGCCAGCGACCUUUCUGCAUCAUUAUAUGUAUAUUAGAGUGGUUCUCAUUGUUGCAAUCCAAUCACCAU